AUGGCGGGAUUUUCGCUCGACGUUCCUCGGCUGUCGCUGCUUGUCUCGACGCUGUCCUUUCUGCUGACCCUGUGGUACUACACCAACAUGGUGCGCCUCACGCAACAGUUGCAGGCGGCGAAUACGAUGAACGUUCUCUACGCGGACUACUCGUCAGCCAAGACGCUCGCAGCUCUGGAGUUGAUAGAAGACUUCAUCGAGCGGCACGGGAUUGACGACUACCCCUUCGCGUUCCUCGCCCUCCGGAAGCAAGGCAGCGAGGAGGGGCGGAGCAUCGACCGGUCGCGCCGCCAUCUCACGCAGUGGUUCUCGCGCGUGCAGUACUUUUACGAGGGCGGCUACCUGCAGUUCGACGCGCUGCGCAAGUUCCCCGGCGCUCAGCGCGCGAAACACUUCCUGGACCUCGUGGAGCCUCUCGAGUUUGUCAGCCGCAAGACGACGGGGCGCAAACACGCGGGCGUCUUCGACUUUCUGCGCUCGCUCUACCACCUGAAGAAGCACUCGCUGAGUCCAGCAUUCGUCGAGAAAGUCAACACUCUGCUGGAGGGAAGCGCGCGACGCAGAGGCGCGCCAGAGCGCGCCUCUCCCCAGCCCGAGAAGCGCGCCGGCGAGGAGUCGGGUCCGCCCGACGGCGCGGAGACCAAAGAGGUCGGAGACAGUCUGCCGCCGCCUGAGCGUCGGUUCAACGCCAACCCGAUGGAGAGUGUGGGAGCGGAGGGCGAAGAAGAGGAGGUUGACGACGACUCGGAUGAGGGUGGAAAGACGGAAGAACGGGACGGAAAUGCAGAGGAGAAGGACGCGGAAGGCGGGAAGACAGAGGAAGUGAAGGCAGGCGAGGCAGAUUUGUCGGAAAAGAGAAAGAGCGGAGACGCCGAGGACACCAAGCCCACACGGCGUGCAUCAGAAAAAUCAGAGAAGGCAGAGGAACCGGAGGAGGCGGAAGCAGAGAGAAGGAAGGACCGAGGCGAAGAACUGUGA